CGGCCCGGCGUGUCUCUCUUCUCUUUGCGCUCAAAUCGGCUCAAUCGCGCUCCCGCCGUCGAGCCGGACGCAGCUCUUUAGCUCUUUAGUCGGCGAGUCGUCGCGAUUUCAGGCUCGGGGCCUACCCGUGUGGUGCUGGUCGAGAUGGGUCGAAUCGGGCGCGCGGCGUGGCCGUGGUUCUGUGCGGUGAUGGUGGCGUUGGCGGGGCGGGCGGCGGCCGCCGGGGACGGCUGCCCGGCGGCCAAGCUGGCCGCCUACGAGGUGGUGUUGCACACGUUCUGGUCGAGGGAGAGCUUCCCGAAGCACUAUCCGGAUUGGAGGCCGGCGGCGCAGUUCUCCAAGUUGAUAGGUCGAAGCCACGACAAGAGGUACUCGCUGUUCCGGCUGGGCCAGAAAUCGAGCGAGGGCGUGAAAACGUUCGCGGAGACCGGCAAAUCGGACAUCUUGGACGGCCAAGGCCAACUCGACGGCGGCGUUUACGACGAAUUCACCGCCCCCUCGAUCGCCGCCGGCGUGGGAAGGACCGAAACGAGAUUCUUCGUCGACGGGAAUCACUCGAAGGUGUCGCUGAUGUCGAGGAUCGUCCCGUCGCCCGAUUGGUUCAUCGGCAUCGACGGCUUCGAUUUGUGCGUGAACGGAAAUUGGCUGGACAGCAUAACAGUAGAGGUGGAUCCCAUCGACGCGGGCACCGACAACGGGUUCACGUUCACGGCGCCCAAUUGGCCCACCGAUCCCCAAGGUGAGGCCUACAGGAUCACCGCCCAUUAUCCCGCCCAUCCUGCCGGGUCGUUCUUCUAUCCCAAUCUGAAGCGGCUGCCGCCCAUCGCCACUUUCCAGUUCAUCAAGUUGCGCGAGUACGAAUUGAGCGAGGAAUUCACUCACGAGGAGGACGAUCGCCGGUACGAGGUGUUGAAAAUGGACCGUUCGGACGGGGCCAACGCGAUCGACGUGUUCAACGGCAACAACAACGACAUUCAAACGGCCAUCGAGGAGGAACGCGAAGAGAGGGAACCGCACGACAAGUCGACGUCGAAACGACCCACACCCGCCGCCCCCCGUUCGACCGCCGCCUACCGGAAUUUCUACUACACCACCGACGACAGGAUGACGAAUAUGAUCAACCAACGAUUCAACGAAUCCACCGCCACCCCCAUGGCGUCGGUACUACCCAAGGGCAACAAAAACGCCAUCAUGCACAGCAUAGCCGAUUCCUAUUUGUCCCACAAGGACCGCAAACGCAAGAAGUACGACAAACUGAAGAAAACCUACCAGAAAAAAUCCAGGGCGGGUCGCGACUGUCGCGUGUCGAGCUGGUCGCAGUGGAGCCCGUGCAGCAAGUCCUGCGGCAUCGGGGAGAUGCAGCGGCGGCGGGAGGUGACGAGGCGGGCGCGAAGGGGCGGCAGGCUCUGCCCCCCUUUGGUGGAGACCAAGUGGUGCGGCUCGGCGAGGUCCUGCAACAAGCAGUACUUCAAUUGGUAGGAAGUAGGAAGGGGGAAAAUUUGGAGGUAGUGCGAAUUUUAACGAAGUUUCGGACGAUCAUCGCGACAUCAUCAAUAUAGGGUGUUGAUUAAUUGAAUGCCGAUAAUUCAGGAUGUGGAUGUUUGGAUGAUUUUAAGAAGAAAAGUUUAUAAUAAUGUGUGUCCUAAACUUCUUAGUUUUCGAGCUACAGGUGGUUAAAAUUUUAGAAAAAAAAAUUACUUUUCUAUCAUAAUUUUUUUAUUAUUCCAGUUAUUUUUAAGAAAUUUUGUAUACACUUUUUAAUUAUUAAGGUGCAUUUUUAGAGGUAUAAGAUUUUUUUAAAUUUUCACCAGUGACGUCCGUACGGGG